UCUUACUGCUAAACAACACAAAGGAACCUAAAACUCUAUCAUAUUUCUAUGAAAAUGUGCAGAGGAUUAGAAUCACUACCAAACAAUUGCCUUGAGAGGGCCAAGGGGUUGAAGUCUCGCUUGAGCAUUUUUCUUCAAAAGUCAGAUGCUUUUAGCAACCUUGGACAUUCAAACAAAGCAGAUAAACUCAGGCCCUCCCUACAGGAAGCACUGCAGUGGAGAGAGACUUUUGACAAACUCCUGACAAAUAAACAUGGUUUGACUGCCUUCAGAGCGUUCUUGAAGUCUGAGUUUAGCGAGGAAAACAUUGAGUUCUGGCUUGCCUGUGAGGAUUACAAGAAUACCAAGUCAUCUGCAAAGCUGUCAUCCAAGGCAAAGACUAUUUAUGAAGAAUAUUUUGAAAAAGAUGCACCAAAAGAGGUCAACAUUGAUCACGAAACAAGAAAGAUUACGAAGAAUAACCUUCUAAACCCUUCACUUUCAUGCUUCGACCUAGCACAGAAUCAGAUCUACACUCUCAUGGAGAAAGACUCUUACUCGAGAUUUCUAAAAUCAUCUAUCUACCAGGAGCUGACAAAGAAGCCCAUGUGUAGCUGCAUCCAGCAACAGAACUCCAGCAAGAAACCCCACACACGAACACAUCCAGUGAUAUAACAACUAGGAAACAAUGGGUCUGCAGGAAAAGAGCCAAGUCGACACAGUGUGGAGGCAAGCAGGACUAAGUCAUGUGGACAAGAGCUCCAAAAGAGCUAGGUCAGAUACAACCAUAUCUAUCAGACGCCUGUCCAGCCUUCAGGCCAGAUAAACUUGUUUUAAAGAAUAAAGUUUAUGAGAGGAACUGUGGGAGAUGACGCAGAGAAAGUACCUUUCUAAAGUAGUCAUUUUUUUUGCUCUAGAUAUUUUAUUGUACUAAAUUGAGCUGCUUUGACUAUGCAAUGCAAAUGUCAUAGGACAUUUAUGAAUAUGCAUUAUGAUAAGUAUUGUGACACUAACUAAAAGUGUUUCAAACCCACCCUGUUGCUGAUGUAAGAAUAUAUUUUAAGGAAUGAUUUAAUUUCAAGCUCUAACUUAUUAUUUAUAAUAUUUAAAAUGUUGUCUAAAGUGUCCUGUGAAACACAAAUGCAAUUCUGAUUUGUUAAAAUGGAAAA